GUGUUGAAAAGCUUCCUGAUGAUUUCAACGCACGUUGCGAACAUAAAAUUAAUUAUUUUAUUGUAAUUUAAAAUCAUUUACAAUGAAUGAAAGUAAAUUUAAAAUUGUCAACACAAACUUAAAGGGAAGAAGUUUGGUUGCAAAUAAAGUGAUUGCCAUCGAUGAAGUAAUUUUAGAAGAAGCUCCUUUUGUUUGUUCCCAAUUUUCAUGGAAUAAAGCAUAUGGAUAUCUUGCGUGUGAAAAUUGUAUGCUUCCUCUUGAAACAGCUGAACAAAAUGUUCGACGACUCGCUUUCGAUCCUUCAAUCAUUCUUCCAUUUCCGGAAUCUGAUCCAGUAAUACAUUUGCAACAGAAGUUUGUUCAAUGUCAAGAAUGUUCAUUGAAAUUCUGUAGUACUGAAUGUCUUGAGGAAGCUAAAUUCAAAUAUCAUAGCAUAAUGUGCCAUGCGCUGAAACCAAACCAACCUUUUGAUUCCAUCAAUGAGAUCUGGAAAAAAAUGCAUUAUCCUCCUGAAACAACAUCAUUAUUACUAAUUCUCAGAAUAUUUGCAAUGGUAAAAUUGCAACCAGAAUAUCUGAAUGUUUUUGGGGAAUUUUGUGAUCGAUCAAAAAACGACGAUUUGAGGAUAUGUCACAAAAUUUUGGGAAAAAAGUUCAGCGAACAAUUGUCAAAUUUGCAUCAAGCUUUAAUUCAGUUGUUUCAAGGUGAAGAAAUUUUAAGUAGAUUUUUGACGGUUGAAGGCUUUACUCAAUUAUUUACAAUGAUUGGAACGAACUCUCAAGGCAUUGGAACUUCGCCAUUUGCUAAUUGGGUGAGAAAUGUAUCGGAAUUGCAAUCACUGUCAGAGAAACAAAGCAAAGAGUUGGAUGAAUUUAUUGACACAGUUUAUGCCACGUUUGAUAAUACCGUUGGAACUUUUCUCAAUAACGAAGGUUCGGGACUUUACGUCACUCAAUCUAAAAUCAAUCACAGCUGUAAACCAAACGCUGAAAUACGAUUUCCAUUUUCUAACAGUAAACUGCAGGUAGUUGCACUUCGAGAAAUCAAACCGGAUGAAGAAAUUUGCAUUAGUUAUUUAGAUGAGUGUCAACUCGACAGAUCACGUUACUCACGACAAAAAUAUCUUCAAGAAAAUUAUUUGUUUUUAUGCGAUUGUGAGAAAUGCCAAGAAGAAGUUUCCCAAGCAGACGAGACGAGUGAUGAUGAUGUUAAUGAUGGUGAUGACAAUAUGGAUACAGACGAUGAUUAA